AUGGCAACUGCAGCACAAGCUGUGAUUGCAGCAAACACAUUUACAUGCACAUUCCCUACACAAAAGAGCUUCUUCUUUUCCAAAAGAGUUCAGAAAGUUAAUCAUCUCACAGUUAGAGCUUCCACUGAAGAAACUGACUGCAAUGUUGAAGAAUGUGCUCCUGACAAAGAGGUUGGAAAGGUCAGCGUGGAAUGGUUGGCUGGUGAGAAGACAAAAGUUUCUGGGACAUUUCCACCUCGCAAACGUGGUUGGACUGGAUAUGUUGAGAAGGACACCGCUGGCCAGACAAACAUAUAUUCUGUUGAGCCUGCAGUUUAUGUAGCAGAAAGUGUAAUAAGUUCAGGAAGUGCAGGGUCUUCAUCCAAUGGAGCAGAGAACACAGCAGCAAUCGCUGCUGGGCUUGCACUCAUCUCCGUUGCUGCAGCUUCAUCAAUACUCCUCCAAGUAGGUAAGAACCCACCUGCGGUGCAGAAGGUAGAAUACUCUGGGCCAUCACUUAGUUACUAUAUCAACAAGUUCAAGCCACAAGAGAUAAUCCAAGCCUCAGUGCCAAGUGUGGUUGAAUCUUCCCAGCUAGAAAGCUCUGCGCCAGAACCUUCCCAGAUUCAGGUUGAAUCAGAGGUUCAGCUGGAACCUUCUGCCAACCGUGUCGGCAAUAUCUCUUAG